AUGCUAGAUGCUUGGGACUUGACUAUCGAAGAGUUGAGGGAAUGGAAGGACAAAGGCGACAAGGAAAAUUAUGACGACGUGGCCCCAGGCUACGAAACUGACGGCAAGGGGAGAGAUGCGGGCACCAUCAGCAGACUCCAGCAUGAAAAAGAUAUGAGGAAAAUGUGGAGAUAUGCAUACAGCACCACAGCCAACCUCGAAUCUUCCGGCAAAAUCUAUGGUAAUACUCUCUCGACUCUCGAUUACAAGGAGAACCGCACGGAUGCCAUGCGACAAAAGCUUAGAGAAGACCCCCAAGCGGACGUUGGCUUCAGCGUCGAUAAGCCCGUUCGCUUCAAUCCGUACCCAAAGUACAACAGUGACGAGUGGAAAAAGCAACGACACGCCGCUCACGUUCCUUGCAAGGGUCCAACCGGAGAGCCUGUCGAAGACCUGCUAGUCUUCAAGGGUCGUCCUCACAAUUUCCCUGAGCCCAACUUUGGAAGCUAUUCUUUGUUCAACAUGGAUCCCAACUUGUGCUGGGAGAGAGAUACGCGACUUGGCCCCUAUGGUCUACUCCAACAAACAAAGAAGGUGGCUGAUAAAGUCGAAGUUAUCGACUGGGAUAAUGUCAAUUGGGGCGAUCUGCAAAAACGAUGCUUGGAGGCAAACGCUGCGAGAUUCGAUUUGAACAGGGAUAAGAAGAAUCCGUACUUGGACGUUUACCCAGAGCUUGCUAAGCCCGAGGCUCCCAAAGACGAGGCUCCCAAAGACGCCGAUGACAAAGCUGCCACUGCUCAAAAGGAUAAGGAGUCACCAGUUCAACCUCCUAGGGAGGACGAUAAGACGGUGAAGAUCAAGGGGCGGUCGCCGUUUGACUCUUCUGGCGGAGAGGAUGAGGCUAAGAUUGUAAAAGAGAAACGAUCCGUUAUUCUGCUGCGAUCCUACACGGGCAAGGUUUACUCCAAAAAUGACAAGGAGACGAUUCGCGCUAUGAUUAGCGAGCUUUCGCUCAAGUCUGGUGGUGAAAUCGAAGUUGUCCUCCUCGUUCAAGUCAAGGAUAACAAGCUCAAUAUUUUCGAUGACCCCGAAGUAUACCAAAGCGUUUUGCAGAAGCAUAUCCCUCCCGAGUUCCAUGGUAUCACCGUUUUGUGGAAUGACAAGCAGGUCUGGGAUAUCUACACCAAACUGGAUGAAAAGGCACGAACGGUUCACACGGCGCAAUGGCUCUGUGUCCAGAAAUUCAGCGCUGACCACCCCGAAUUCGACUAUAUCUGGAACUGGGAGAUGGAUUUCCGGUUCACCGGCCACCAUUACGAUAUGCUUGAUAACAUUGCGAAAUUUGCCGCCAAGCAGCCGCGUCGAGGCUCCUGGGAACGGAGUGAGCGGUGGUACAUCCCUGAAUAUCACGGCGACUACGAUACGACCUUCCGCAAGGACGUCGAGGAGACUUAUGCCGGCGAUACUGUUUGGGGUGCCCCCAACCUGCCAUUUAUCAAGCCAGUUGGCCCCAAGCCUCCCGUUAAAACGCCCGAGGAAGAUAACUAUUCGUGGGGUGUCGGCGAAGAGGCAGACUUCAUCGCCCUCGGCCCGAUCUUCAACCCUGUCCACAGUAACUGGAUUAUUGCCGAUAAUGUCUGGGGUUAUUCAGAUAAAGAGCACAGGGCCCGUGAUCUUCCGCGUCGCACCACCAUCGUCACUCACUCCCGUCUGUCGAAGCGUCUUAUAGACAUCAUGCACAUUGAGAACCUGCGUGGAAACCACGUUGCCUCCGAGAUGACACCCCAGACCUUGGCCCUGAUCCACGGCUUCAAGGCUGUUUACGCCCCGCAUCCCAUCUUUACGGACCGAGAUUGGAACGGUAAAUUCCUCAACCAAUGGUUCAAUCCCGGCCCCAAGGGAGAAUCUGGCGGAUACGGAAGCCCUAUGGGCUGGGGUAGAGAGCGACGAUUCCAGGGCAACUCUUGGUACUAUCGAGCAGAGCCGCCGAACCGGAUGUACAACAACUGGAUGGGCUGGGUUGACACUGGCAUUGGAGGCGAGGAAUGGGAGCAGGAACAUGGGCGACCAUGCCUGCCAUCCAUUUUGCUUCACCCUGUCAAGGAUACAACGCCCACUAAGAAGGAUCACAAGACUGGCUUUGAGCUCUUCUACGAUUGUACACCUACACCGCGGCGGUUUUUACUGCCUAGGCGGUCGACGCAGUCGUCGUCGCAAACGCCAGGUGCUCCUCCGCAGUUUCAAUCCACUCCGCGCUUUGGCUCCUCUUCAGCUCCUAGGCCAACGCAAGGCAAUGAGCUCGAUAUUGAGGAGUCUGAAGAUGGAGAGGAAGAAGAGGUUAUAUCUGAGUCGAGUUUGUCAGGCGAUGAGAGGGAGGCUACGGAGACGAGACAAGCUGCUUCACGCAACCGUGUGCUUGAUAUUGAGUCAGAUGCUGGCAUACCAUCGCAGGAGGAGCCGUCGUCUGAUGUGAUGGAUUCAAAACCAAAAUCCCAUCGAAGAUUUCAUAUCGAGUCAGAAAGCCCAAGUGAGGGCUCACAAGGUACUAUGGUGGGCAGAGAAGCGAAGCGUCGGAAGAUGUCGAUAUCUCCGACGCCUUUGAUCGGUUCUGACGAUGCGCCUUACGAGGAAAGCGCCUUUGAUACUGAAGACGGAGCAUCGGUGAUGAGUAUGGAUAGCGGGGAGGGGUCGCCCAUUAUCAUGAGGAAUUCCAAGGCUCUUCAGCAGCCUGUUUUCCAGCAAGCGCCGCGAUUCAAGCCUCUCGACGCUGAAAUUACAUUCAAUGGCCUCCCAGCGGCAUUUUCACCCCAGCGGAGAGGGUCAAGAUACGUCUCUGGAGGAAUGGCGGCUCAGCUCCAAGGAUGGCUUUCAGAAGUCAAGGGGUGGGAUGAGAACAGCGGGAGGGUCGAAUCAGUGAUGAAGCUUCGCGUGGAACAGGUUAGGUCGGGGAGGCGAAUGUAUCUUGUAGAAGGCCGCGAUCCUUUGACAGAGGCAUCUAAGAGAUGGAUUCUGGCUGGCGAGGGAAAGCUGACUGGUCUGGGUAAGAGGGCGGAGGUGAAGAUGGGGAGCGUGGUGCUGAUUGAGCCGCCUGUGUGGGAUGUUGAGUUGGAGGGGAGCAUUUGGAAUGUGGCCUGCGAAUGGAGUGUAGAGAUGACCUGA